AUGCUGUGCUCUUGCCGUUUGAGUCCCUUGCGACUCUUUAUCAAGGGCAUGUCGCAGCUGCACAUCUCCGAGCCGGCCGUAGCAAGACUACCGCAGCGCAUUAGCAGCAACGCCACGACUUUCCAAAUCGGCCCCAAGUCCCCAUUCACUACGACCUCGCGCCGUAAGCAAUCCGAUAGUCCACCCGAAGGCAAGAGGGGGAGGGAAUACAAAGAAAAGGUCACAUUCAGGGAUCAAACGGCGGCAAGGAGGACGCAGAAACCUGGUGGCAUCAGCUUCAGCAAGACACCUCGUAACGAAGAUGAAGACGGCAAUUUCAGCUUCGGAGAGAAACGCAAUAAAGAGCAAUGGCAGAUUCAGAAGGCAGCUUUGAAAGAAAAGUUUCCAGAGGGUUGGAAUCCACGCAAGCGCCUAUCCCCGGACGCAAUCGCUGGCAUCAAGGCGCUCAACUCGCAGUUCCCCGAGGAAUACACGACUACGAAGCUCGCGGCCAUGUUUGAGGUGUCGCCCGAAAGUAUCCGCAGAAUUCUCAGGAGCAAGUGGCAGGCCUCUCCGGAAGAGGAGGAGAAGCGGCAGGAGAGGUGGUUCCGGCGGGGUGUGAGCGUAUGGUCACGGUAUGCCGAGUUGGGGAUGAAGCCGCCGCGCAAGUGGCGCAGAGAGGGCGUUGCGCGUGACCCAUCAUAUCACGACAACCGGAAGGCUGCGAUCGAGAGGAGAAAGGAGGAGGAGGCAGCUGAGGAUAAGGGGGAGAAGCUUCAGCGGAGACUGGGCGAUAGCAUCAUGUGA